AUGAACGAUUCUCAAGACCAAAAGCUAUCUACAGGUUAUGACAAUUUGUCUCCUGAUAUCGUUCAAGCUACACUGCCUUUUCUGUCACCAGGGGACAUCAGACACCUUUCACAUACAAACAAGUACUUUCACAAAUUAUUGAAUUUCGAUUCAUCAGAGACUUUAUGGCAUGUGUUGUACAACAAGGCAUUUGGUACCCCGUACGGUAAUGACGAACCUUUCGUAGCUAAGGGUUCUGGUGAACUCAAAACAUGUUCAGAGUCUAUUAUGAUUCAAAGGUAUCCAGAUCAGAACUGGCAUGAUCGUUACAAGAUCCGUGCUGAAGAGGCUAAAUUAUACACCUGGGGGUGCUUCAAGCAUGCUAGACUUGGUUAUACAGCUACUUCUAAUGAAAAUCUGAAAGAGGCAAACAUGAAUAGUCUUGGUGGUAGGGUUAAAUUUGGGGUCAAUACACCAACGGCAGUGCCAUGGAACCCAAAAGAUGAACAACAUGCUGAUAAUGAUAAUGAUGAUGACGCAAUCAUUCAAAUAUCUAGUGGUGGAUUUUCAUUCCAAAUUCUCACUAAAUCGGGUAAGCUUUAUUCGACGGGGUCUACAUUUACAGGUGGUCAUAGAGGACCUGGACCUAUCGCUGGUGAACAUGAUUUUGAUCCGCUGAAAGCUGCAAUAAGAGAAUUGGAAGAAUCAUUUCAUCAUACACACCAGGGAACCGGGGGACAGAUUAACACUACAGGAGCCAUUGGCAUUUCACCCCCAUCGUUGGGGCCUCAUCAGAAUUUAUAUGAACCAUUGGAGGAAAUGGAGGCGAAAACAACUGAGACAGUACCUGGAAAUGAACAUAUAAGAAGAAUGUUUGCCAGGAAUUGUUUUGAAAUGUUUACUUCUGAGACUCUUUCAUUUAAUGUGGAUCAAGAAAAGUUAAAUUCUAUUAAAUUCAUAGCAGUGGUUUCAGGAAGAAGCCACUUCCUAGCGAUGGAUGAAGAGCGUGAUCUUUAUUCAUGGGAUUCGCCAGAUUCAGAGUUUGGUGUUAAAUUAAGAUUUGAUGGUUUACCUUCCAAAAAUACUAAUCCAAUAGUAAAAAUUGGAUGUGGAUGGGAUUUAAACUGUGCCUUUAUUUACAAAAUUGGUCUAGUGGUUUGGAAUACACGUAAAGCAUUACAGAAAGGUCAACUGAGUUCCGCUGUAGACUAUAAAAUCAUUCCAAAUACUGGAGACGUAACUGGACCCGGUAAGGUGGUAGAUUUUGCAUGUUUCCAAGGUGAUUGUAUCAUUUAUAUCACCAACGAAGGUGAAAAAAUAUGGAGGUACUACCGUGGUGUGGUACAUGAUUUAGAAUUACCCUUAGAGGGCCAAUUGUCGAAGUUGAGCUCGUGCAUUAGUUCGUUAGUUUUAUUCACGGAUCAAUCAUGUUACACAUUGAAAGUUAACGAUGGUAAUGUGGACAUAGAGGAUUUGACAAAAAUACUACUAGAUGAUCCAGACGAUAGGAUAAUAUCGCUAUCCUCAGGCGACUACCACACUGUGGCCUUGACUUGUAAGGGCGUUUUGUAUUCUUGGGGGUUAGAGAGCCAACUGUGCGGUUGUCUUGGUCUAGGAUCUCCCCAUAAUGUUAUAAACGAUCAUAAUAUCGGUAGAUGGGAAAGUCUAAGAAACAUGAGAGUUGUGAAACCUCAAAAGAUUAAGCUUGAUAAUAACUACACGUGUGUAGCGGUAUGUGCUGGCGGCUGGCAAACAGGCGCAUUAAUUAUCAAGGAAUAG